GUUCGAACAGUCGUAGGUCACUGCCCACGUGACACUUUCGCAAUCAUCGAACGGAAGCAUGGCGGCGCUUCGGGUUGCCGUGUCGUCAAGUGCCGGUAGAACUUUUCUCAACUCAAAGAAUGUUAUCGCCGUGUCAAAGGUCAACAUGUCCUUUGCCACUCUGUCCAGAGGAAAAAAGGUAGCCAUCUCAACACUUGGGGUGGUUGCCGCAGGAGGUGCAGGUCUAGCCCUGGCUCUUAACCAGUCAGUGAAGGCCUCAGAUCUUGAGCUGCACCCCCCAAACUAUCCCUGGACUCACAGCGGAAUGGUAUCGGCACUGGACCAUGCAAGUAUUCGCAGGGGGUACCAAGUGUACAAGCAGGUGUGCUCGGCCUGCCACAGUAUGGAGUAUCUGGCCUUCCGUAACCUGGUGGGAGUGAGCCACACAGAGGCAGAGGUCAAGGUGUUGGCCGAGGAGAUUGAGGUGGUGGAUGGUCCUGAUGAGAGUGGAGAGAUGUUCACCCGUCCAGGAAAGCUGUCUGACUAUUUCCCCAAACCAUACCCCAAUCCAGAGGCAGCACGUGUGGCCAAUAACGGAGCUCUGCCCCCUGAUCUCAGCUACAUUGUCAAUGCCAGGCAUGGCGGAGAGGACUAUGUCUUCUCACUGCUGACAGGGUACUGUGAUCCUCCUGCUGGGGUGGCGGUGAGGGAGGGGCUCUAUUACAACCCAUACUUCCCCGGACAGGCCAUUGGCAUGGCUCCCCCCAUAUACAACGAGGUCCUGGAAUAUGAGGAUGGUACUCCAGCUACGAUGAGCCAGGUGGCUAAGGAUGUCUGCACCUUCCUGCGCUGGGCAGCGGAGCCGGAGCACGACCAGCGCAAGCGCAUGGGGCUGAAGCUUUUGAUGGGCUCGGCCAUUCUCAUUCCAUUGGUCUACUACAUGAAGAGGCACAGGUGGUCAGUGCUGAAGAGCAGGAAGAUCGCCUACAGACCACCUAAAUAAAUACCAUACUACCUGAAACCGAACUUUGACCAAUGCUCCAAGGAUGUCAUGUCAACUGACCAACUUUCACCACAGAGCCCACUCACUGCCUUUGAUUUAUUUUUAUAUUACAGACACAAAGGUGAUCAGAGGUAGUCCUUGUUUUAUAUUUAUUGUGCUUUCUUCUCCGAGGAGGCCUUUGCUGUCAGGUUGGAUGCAGGUUCACUGAAUACACUCUGUAAAUAACUGGCUGUCAUAAUAAAUCCAAUUGUCACUAUUCCCCCCAA